AUGACAGUCACUUAUUCCAGCAAAGUAGCAAAUGCCACUUUCUUUGGAUUUCACAGAUUACUCCUAAGGUGGAAAGGCAGCAUCUACAAAUUGCUGUACAGAGAAUUUAUUGUUUUUGCUACUCUUUACACAGCGAUAAGUGUAUUAUACAGAUUUUUUCUUACAGGUAGCCAAAAACGGUUCUUUGAAAAAUUAUCAAUUUACUGUGACAAAUAUGCUGAACAAAUCCCAGUAACUUUUGUGCUUGGGUUCUAUGUAACUUUGGUGGUGAAUCGCUGGUGGAACCAGUUUGUGAACUUGCCUUGGCCAGAUCGUCUGAUGCUGCUCAUCUCCAGCUGCGUGCAGGGCAGAGAUGAGUACGGGCGCUUGCUGAGGAGGACUCUCAUGCGUUAUGUGAAUUUAACAUCCCUGCUGAUCUUUCGCUCUGUCAGCACAGCUGUGUACAAAAGGUUCCCCACCAUGGACCAUGUGGUUGGAGCAGGUUUUAUGACAAAAUAUGAAAGAAAACUUUUUGAUGAUCUUAAGUCUCCCCACCUGAAAUACUGGGUCCCAUUUGUCUGGUUUGGAAAUUUGGCAUCAAAGGCACGAAAGGAGGGAAGAAUUCGAGACAGUGUGGAUCUGCAGACACUGAUGAAUGAGAUGAAUAAGUACCGGUCUUGGUGUAGCCUUUUAUUUGGUUAUGACUGGGUUGGAAUUCCACUGGUCUAUACCCAGGUUGUUACUCUUGCAGUCUAUACCUUUUUCUUUGCCUGCCUGAUAGGGCGUCAGUUUUUGGAUACUGACCAAGGGUACCAGGGACAUGACUUAGAUAUUUACAUUCCAAUCUUCACACUGCUGCAGUUCUUCUUCUAUGCAGGAUGGCUCAAGGUCGCUGAACAGCUCAUUAAUCCGUUUGGAGAAGACGAUGAUGAUUUUGAAACUAACUGGUGCAUCGAUAGAAAUUUACAGGUUUCACUUCUGGCUGUGGAUGAGAUGCACAUGAACUUGCCAAGGAUGGAGAAAGAUAUUUACUGGAAUGAUACCUCUGCCCGCCCACCCUACACAAAAGCAGCAGCUGAUUACUGUAUUCCUUCCUUUCUUGGAUCAACUAUUGAAAUGGGGCUGGCUGAUACCGAGUUUCUCUAUGGGGAAGAGUGGCCUUGGGAAGAGGAGAAACACCAGAGACAGUAUUCAGUCUUGAGAAGAGUCAAGAGGUUUCUCAGUGUCCAUGAGGGUCCUUCAUACCCCACUCACCAGCGCUACAGCCGGCAGACGAGUGAGAAUUCGGUGUUUUUCCCAGCUGAUGAAAAAGGGCACAUCAGACGGCUGCAGGAGAUGCACACGAGAGGGAGGCACUCCACCUUAAGCUUCAAGAGGAAACAUGAAGGAGUUAGCAGAAGUAACAGACUUCAUGGUAGCCGAGAGCUAGGACCCAUAACAGAAACCUCCAGGAACGAGGCACAGUUUGGUGACAGUGACACCUCAUCUGACACAGCCAGGCCAGUUCCUGAGGUCAUCGUUUCUGAAGCCCAGGAGAUUAAACCUGAUGUGCUGGACAAACCAGAGCUCCCAACAGAGCGUUCUGCAAGCAUGCCAGAAGAGAAGCUCCAAAGGAUUAUAGCUGAGGCAAAUGUGGCUCUUCUGAACCAACACUUUUUCCCCCCAGAACUGACUCCAUACCUCUCAAGUUCAGAGGUGCAUCAGUCACUUCCCAGUGUGAUAGGAGAGCCCAAACAUGAGCCCCAAGUUAGUAACAUAGCUGGUCUCAUAACAGACCAUGAGAGAAACGUUCAGCGAUGGAGUUUACCAAGCUUCCAUAGUCCUAGUACAGCUUCAAAUGCUGAUCAUGAUCCACCUUCAACAGAUUCGGGGACAACUUCACCACAAAGGACAUUGAGUGAUGGAAAAAAUGGUACUUCUGCUUGUGCUCCACAAACAUUUGAGAUGCAGGACUUUUGGGAAAACCUGGACAGUAAAGAAACAGCCAUAGUAGAAUUUUCUAAUGAGGAAAGUGAAAGAAAACUUUGACCAGUCUUCCUCUGGGUUUGACUGAACUUUUUGUCUUCUCUUGAACGUGGUUCUCAUACAAAUUUGCUGAAAGUGCAGAAGGGCAGACUCAGU